AUGGCAGCAGGAGGCGGAUUACCAGCCUCGGCUGUUGUAGCGACCGUAAACACCUCCGCCACCGUUCGCUGCCGUUUCCCAGGUCGGCCAUGGACGUCUCGGAGCCUGCUGAAGACGGAGAAACGCUUUCACGUCGGUCGGGUGAGGGCUGCUGAAGACAGAGAAGGGCCGAGGCCCGUCGGCGUUAGAGCUACGCUGAGAGAGGAUCCGUCACUGUCGUGCUUGCUCGGGCUGGCGGAAAAACACCGGCGCCAGCGCGAGGCGGGAUUCUGCACGAGCGGGAGCGAUGAGGAGGGAGACUUCACAGGCUUUAGAGUGGAUGGUCAAUGGUCCACGAGUUCUGGACAAGGCUCAUCAAGCAGACCCCUUAAACUGGCAUCCUCACAGGUGAAGCCACCUUUGGCACCAAAUCUAAAAUCAUCACUAUUGAAAAAACCUGACAUGAAAGGCAAAAGAUUUUCCAGAACUGAUCAAAAAUCUGUGAGGCCCAAAAUGGUUAUUAAAUUGGCAGCCAAGAAGGUGACCAAAAAAGUAACGGAACAGUCACAAAGGCCAUCUGUGGAUAAAGAUGAACAUUUGAAACAGGGCAGCUCAAGUAAGAGAAAUGACAGGGUACUCAGGAACCAGAAAGAGGGAACAUGGGUCUCCUCAAAGACAGAAAAUUAUGAAAAUAUUGAUGGGGCUUUUGAAGAGGAGGAGAUCACUGGAAGGUCAAAGAAGCGUGGUUCCAGUGCAGUAGACAGACGGACGAGGCAGGGCAAAUUAGUGUGGAGUUUAACACUGGUUAAAGGUAAAGAGCGAGCCUCCAGAGUUAGAGACACCCAAAACCAAAGAGCUUCAACAGAAUAUGCUAAGACCCACAGGAAAAAGACAGAGGGAAUGGCUGCUAGUGAUCAGGCAGUUGCUGUAUCCUCAAAACCAAUGGCCAAACAGAGAAGGGGCAGAAGUACAGACACAAACAAGGAGCCUCUAGAAUCUCUUGGUGGAGAUGCAGGACCUUCUUUUAGUGAUAGUUUGAGUUCUUCCCAAAAGAAGCCUUUUGUAAGGCAACGAAGAAAGUUACUGCAACAGGAGGAGUGCCACAAAGUACCUCACAGUCAAGGACAGGCCUCUAGCAUGCCAAGAAAGAGACAGCGACUUGCUCUAGAGACAGACUCCACACAUGUGCUGCAACCGGUGGAAGGACAGGAACAGGCAGUUGGAGAGAUUGAGAGAUCCAAGCCUGCAAGCCAAGCUGAACAGCCUAAACACUCCACUAGACCAAUUGUUAGUGCUCGAUCUUCUCGGGUCAUCAAGGUCCCGAAGAGGUUCAUGGAUGAUGAGCGCAUGUCUGCGCUUCCAGAACGAGGUUCCCCAAAGAAACCAGCUCUUACUGAGAUCCCAACAGAUCUCGGGAAACCGAAUAUUGAGCUCCAAACCCUUCAUUCCGGAAGCAAGCCGAAGACCGCACAAGAACCGCUGAUCCUAAACAACGAUGAAAAAGGUGUUUCGGAAAAGGUGCGAUCUCAGGGCGUCAAACCCAUUUUGAGUUCCUCUAGGCUGUCUGGUGGUCCUCGCAGGAGGGGUAGGAGACCUGGCCAAUCUGCUGACCACUAUAAGAUAUACUGGAAAUUGAAGAAGCUCACAGCAUGCCUGACAAAACGAAGGAUGGAGAGAAUUGCCAGUGCAAGCUCCAAACUAACAGAGGACGGUUCUGAGGGAGGGACCCUUGAUGUGGGAGGAAGAAAGUCUGAUCUCAAAUUGCAGGACAUGUAUUCUCCAGGAGUGGUGCCAAAAGUAACCAUACAUGUUGGGGGACUCUCUGAUCAGAUGCCGCUUGCAUCUUUGGCAGAAGGCCCUGCUAAGGAGAACGUAGAGACUACCAGCCUUGAAGGCACCACUGAAACGACUGCACAAAGUGCCCAGAUGAUGGUGGAGCAAGGUGGAAACACCCAGAGAAUGAGUAUUUCCGGGGCCAAUAAGAGGAUGUUCCACCUGCUGAAGAGAGCAAGAGUCCAACUGAUUAAAAUCGACCAACAGAAACAGCUCAAAUCAGCUCAGCUUCUGUCUAACUCUGUGAGAGUAAGAGAUAGAUCCGCAGCAGUCAUGCAGAUAGGCAGAAAGAGGGGGAAGAGAGUAGUCCCAGCUAACCCAGAGGGUGCUCCACAGGAGCAAUUGAUCGGUGGUCCGCGUAUAAAGCAUGUGUGUCGAGCAGCAGCGGUGGCACUGGGACAACCACGUGCCAUGGUUCCCGACGACAUUCCAAGGCUCAGCGCCCUUCCUCUGCAUGAGAGAGAGGGGAUCACUGCUUCACCUGCCGAAGAGGAUGUUGCAUCUCACUCAGAAGCUGAGAGUGAAGAAUCUGUUGAGCCGAAGCUGACAAUUAGACGCAGGUACGAAAGCACAGCCUUUGGCUGUCGGCUAAAACGCUGCAUGCGCUGCAAGGGCUGCAAUCGGCUGGUGGACUGCGGGAGGUGUGUGUUCUGUCUGGACAAGCCCAAAUUUGGAGGACCCAACAAGAAACGGCAGAGCUGUGUCCUAAAGAAGUGUGUGCUGAUUGAGCGGAACAAAAUGGGACGAUUUAACAAAGUCCAGAUGAAGCGGCGCCGGCCAUCAGUGGCCGCUGGCAUGAACAGCAGUGAAGAAAACGAGGAGGAAGGGGGAGAUGAUGGAACAGGCCAGGCCCAGUUCAGCCCCACUAGGAGGCAGCCCAGACGACAAGUCACUCCUCAGUCCUACAGAAAACUGCUGGGGUACGACUCCUCUGACACAGAGACACAGAGUGUCAGCUCUGAAAAGACAAAGGCCAGCGGGACCCAAAAGACUCAAUCAAGUGAAGUGGCUACUUCUGUAACUGCUCAAGAAGUGGCAACAAAGCAGAAACGGCAAGGGCUUUACAGAGCUUUUUGGGCCCAACGCAGAAAUGAUAAGACUUCGGUGGAGCACACUCCGUCCAGUGUUCUGACUCCACAGGUCAAUGGCUGCACCCAGAGGGGCAAGCUGUCACAGGGGACAAUGAACAAGAUUCGUGUGGACUUCAAGGAAGACUGUCACAUCCAGAAUGUGUGGUUGAUGGGAGGAUUGAGUAUUCUCACUUCAGUCCCCAUCAUGCCCCAGUUUGUGUGUCUGCUCUGUGCCAGCAAAGGCCAGCAUGAUAUGAUCUACUGUCAGAUGUGCUGUGAGCCUUUUCACCAUUUCUGUCUGCCACCGGACGACCGUCCAAAGGAGGAGAACAAGGAGAACUGGUGCUGCCGACGCUGCAAGUUCUGCCAUGUUUGUGGCCGCAAGAGCAAGCAAGCAAAGCCAGUUUUGCAGUGCAAGAGAUGCAUGUACUGCUACCAUCCAUCCUGUUUAGGACCCACAUAUCCCAAACCUGUCAAAAUGAACACCUCAUGGAUUUGUAUGCUGUGUAUUAGGUGUAAGAGCUGUGGUGUGACACCUGGGAAGUCCUCGGACACGUCCUGGAACCAUGAGCUGGAGCUCUGCCCUGACUGUAGCAAACUCCAUAGCAAAGAUGAUCUGUAUGAGAUCCUGCGUCGUCUGCGGGGGAAGAGUCUGGUGUUCUCCUGUGCUCCCUGCAGUAAGAGAUUCCGCAGCGGUUGGCAGGACGUUGUUCAGGACGUUUUGAGGAGCGGUCUGGAGAAGAUCAUGAAUGGAUUGAAGAGUUCCCCGACCAUCAGCCACCUCCUCAUGUGUGCACAGUGUGAGGUGUGUCCAGAUUUUGAGGUUGUAAAGGAGCGGUCAGGCUGUUGUCUGCAUCCUGUAGAGCAGAAGCUGGAGAAUGGCCUGUACACUUCACUGAAAGCAUUUCACGAGGAUGUGGUGCCAGUGAUGGCGGAAAGGCUGAGAAAAGAAUAUCUUCUAGAGGAGCAAAGGCCCACUGGUCAAGCCAAAUUGUAUUAUAUAAAGCUAGUAGAACAAGUAUUUAGCUGGUUUAACAGUCAGGACCCCAAAACAUGGAACUGUCAUAUGCAAGAAUAUCCAAGCGGUAUGCUCCCUGAGGCCAUAAUUCCCCCCAGCGAUGAGCACAGUUAUGCACAAUGGCUCAAAGAGCAGGAGCCAGAAAACCCUCAAUCAAAAUCUCAAGAUCUGCAGAAUGUGAACUCUCAGUUCUUCAUGGAUGAAAGACAGUGCUCCCUCUGCCAGCAACAUGGAGAUGCCAAACCGAAUGAUGCUGGUAGGCUGCUGUAUAUUGGACAGAAUGAUUGGGCUCAUGUGAACUGCUGCAUGUGGUCGGCAGAGGUGCGGGAUGUCAAAGGAGCUUUGCUGCAUGUCCACAGUGCCGUCGCCAGGGGCCGCCUCAUGCGCUGUGAGCGUUGUGGCCAGACAGGGGCGACUGUGGGCUGUUGUCUUACCUCGUGUCAGAGUAACUACCACUUCAUGUGUGCUCGUGCCAGCAACUGUGUCUUCCAGUGUGAUAAGAAAGUGUACUGUUACAAACAUCGUGACCUCAUAAACAAUAAGAUUGAACAAGGCAAUGGGUUUGAAGUUCUCAGAAGGGUCUACGUAGAUUUUGAUGGAAUUAGUCUGCGUAGGAAGUUUCUAACAGGCUUGGAGCCAGAGUCUGUAAAUGUUAUGAUCGGUUCUCUACAUGUACAAAGACUUGGUGUUCUGACGGAGCUGUCUGCAAAUUCUGGAAAAUUGUAUCCAGUUGGUUACCAAUGUUCUAGAUGGUAUUGGAGCACCGUUGACCCUCGCAGGCGAUGCCGGUACACUUGUAAAGUGACAGAGGUGCAACCAUCAACACGAUGCAAAGCUCCUAUCUCCAUGGUGGAUCAGGGAGAAAAUCACACAAUUGUACACGGUCCAAAAGCUUACAAUGAUGAGGAUGGCACAGAUAGUGAGUCCUUUUCACCUGGGCUGCCCCCCAGCACCCCCUCCAAACAAGUCAAACAAGACUCAGGGGCCGGAGGCAAGGCUCCUGGCUAUCCACACAGCAGGAGACCAGCAGGGGGAAUGUCCAGACCGUUACCUUCCCCAGGAAAUGCUGUUUCCACAUCCCAUCACAUUUUGACCAUUAGUGACCUUGAUGAGACACGACGUGCAACAAGGAGACUUUCCACACGUAGCCGAAAUGCCUCUCCUCCCACUGUGGUACUGUCAGGCCCAAUGGCUUUGCGAUCAGGGGGCACGAUUCACCCUAGGUCACUUUCAUUCAGCCCCCCUGUCUCACCACUUGGUGCAACCGAGAACUUCAAGAGCUCCACCUCACCUCGACAAAGGGGGAGGCCUUCCUCUUUGUCUCCCUCUAGCAUCACCUCAGGACCCUCUCCUCCACAAGCAGCUGUACGAAGUCCCUCUUCCACCUUACGUUCAUCUGUCCGCCACUCCCCAAGACAUAAACAGCCUUUCAAAACCACACAGCAUAAGACUGAUGAGGUGGUUCAAGAGCUCUUUGCCUUGUCGGAGCCGGAGGUGGCUGCAAGUGCACCAAGCAACAGAAUUCCUGCCUCAUCCGACAAGUCGAAUCAAGAACUGCUCUCUGCGCACUUUGAUCCAGACACAGAUGUGGCGGUGGCCUCGGUAUUGAACGCAAAGCUUGAAUUUGAUGAGGCUUUGCUCAAUGAAAAUGUGGCUCUGGACUGCGACCCUCAAGGUGGUGAGGGAGAUGCAGAAGAAGGAGCCUGCAAAUUCAGCACUGGCAGGAAGGACUUGACUUCAGAGAUGCAAAUGGAAACAGAUGAUGAUGUCUCUGACCAUUAUCUGAAUUUCUCUCGCACAGUUGUGGUCCGUGAACCUGCUAAAGAAUCUGCACAGGCAGGUCUCUCAGUCCUUCCUAACUCAGGGUCCAUCUCUCAGCUGGAUGGAGCUGACAAUGACUCGGAGAGUGAUACAGGUGAAGCCAACGCAGACGAUGAUACUCAGGAAGUAGGAAGUAGUUUUUGUAGUCAGGAUACUGAGCCAUUAAAGUGCACUGGUCCAAACAAGGGCAGAACCCAUGGUGACGGGCAGCUAGUUUGCCCAAGAUCACCUGUUGCAAAUCCACAUACAACAGAUUCUGUUGAUCAGAUUUCACAGCUAGAGACUCAAAACAUGGACCAAGUCUGUGAAGAACAGGAAAUUCAGGAAAUAACUUUUUUACAAGAUGGUGGAAACGUAAUUAUUGAUUCUGAAGUAUCUAAUGGACAAGAGUCAUUUCCAGAUGAACUAAAAGCAAAAACCCCCAUCCUUUGCAAAGGUAGUGAUCUUGUUAUGACCCAAGAAGAAGUCUUGCUCGAAAAUGAAUCAACAGAAUGUUUGCAGGAAGUGUUCUUGGAUGACACCAGUGGGAAUUUCAUAUCUGCUGUUGAUGGCAGAGUUUUGGGCUUGACAGAAAAUGCUGCUGGUCCUGUGGCGGCAACUGAUUCCUCACCAGUAAACAAGGUUGAACCUGUUUUAAAGAGAGGUUUGUCACCUGUUGAGAAACCAGCGACCGCUGUGCCAAUGAGUAGUACUAGAACAAUUCAUGUUGUUGCACCAGCUGCACCCACAAAAAGACCAUACAACCGUUUUGUGACCAUACAACCUGGUUCCCAACCCAAACCCUUCCAUAUGGCAAUGCCUGUUGCCAACACUCUGCCACUUUCCUUGCCUGUCAGUGUUGUCUCAUCUUCUCCCACCAUUUCUGUUACAACACAAGGAACUCCGCUUGCUCCUGCUUCGGUUUUAAUAAAUGGUUUUGGAGCUCUGCCUAAGGAAGCCACUAAAGGUCGUAGGAUCGCCAUACGCAUUGCCACCCCAAAACAAGUGUCUGAACAGUCUCUGCCCCAGUGUUUACCUGGAACACCCCUUACACAUCAGGUUCUUCUGGUCAACAGUGCGGGACAGAUUCUAGUGAAAAACCCACAGACUAAUACAUACCAAUUAACUAGCUCUAAUUCUCCCUCAUACACCCAAAUCAGCCAGAUUGCGAAGAUAAUCCACAGCAGUAAUGUUCUCCAGCGACCUGUCCCUAAGGUUAUGGUGAUACCAGUGCCGCAGGUUCAAGCUAGUCUCAGCAAAACCACACCAACGCGUAUCAUAUCUUACAGCAGCAACAAAGGAGCAACACCACCAACCCAGGUGCUAAUCAGGAGGAUUCCUCAGAGUUAUCCUGGAAGCCAAUUACACAGCAUCAGUCCUUCGAUAGAAAGAACUGGCUUGAUUUCUGAAAGUGGGCAGAAGGAAGUGGCCCAGGAGAUAAUCGACAAAGCAAUGGCAAGUCAUCGUGAAAUAGCAAGUCCCACUGGCAUGAGCCCUUCUCAGCUCCACCUCGAAAAACGCCUCUCUCCUGAAUCAAAGGAUUCAUUCCCUGGGUUUCAUCUUCGGACUCAACCCAACAUCUUGUCCCACUCCAGACCUCAAGUCAAGAUCAAGAGAGUGUCUUCAGUAACUGAUCGAAUUGGUGUGAAAAGAUGCCGCACAGACUUCUUGGACCAGAUGGGUCCUUGUUCCCAGGAUGACAACAGCAGAUCAAACCGGGUUAGAAUAAAGGCCCCAAGUGUAAAGGAUGUGCUCGACUUUGACGACCCUGAUGUUGGAUCUCUUGAUCAGCCAAAGAACGAUGAAAAGGAGAGAAUUACUCCAAAUAAAUCAGAGCCCACUUCGGUGCAGGGAAAUGACACACGAGACAGUGCUAAAUCUCAGUGUAUGAGCUACAAACAUGGUGAUUCCUCAGACUGGGCCCCCUAUGCGGGUUGGAGUUCAGAUGAGGACUCUCCAUCACCAGGCAAGCAGGAUAAGUGUGCCAGUCAGUAUCUGCCCCACCUGCGCUUCCAGAUUACCAGUGAGGAUGGCUUUAGCGUUGAAGCUGACAGCAUGGAUGUGGCGUGGAAGGCAGUAAUUGAUGGUGUCCAGGAGGCACGGGUAGGCUGUCGGCUAGAGCAGUUUCCCUUCAGCAGGAUAAGUGGUGCCAGGGUUCUGGGUGUCCUCCACGAUGCUGUGCUCUUUCUGCUGGAGCAGCUGCAGGGUGCUUCUCUCUGCCAGAAACACAGUUUUCGUUUCCACCAGCAUGAAGUACCGGAAGAAGAGCUGCCAAUAAACCCCAGUGGCUGUGCCCGCGCAGAGGUCUAUGUGCGAAAAUCUACCUUUGAUAUGUUCAAUUUCCUGGCAUCGCAACAUCGUCAGCUUCCUGAGUCAAGGCCAUGUGAUGAUGAAGAGGAUGAUGUUAUGCUAAAAUCCAGCAGACGAGCCACAAGUACGGAGUUGCCAGUGGCUAUGAGGUUCAGACACUUGGAGAAAACCUCUAAAGAGGCUGUGGGAGUUUACAGAUCCGCUAUACAUGGUCGUGGUCUUUUCUGCAAGAGGAAAAUUGAGGCUGGAGAGAUGGUGAUCGAGUACGCUGGCAAUGUCAUCCGCUCAGUUCUCACUGACAAAAGGGAGAAAUACUAUGACAGCAAGGGCAUCGGCUGCUACAUGUUUCGCAUUGACGACUUUGAUGUGGUGGACGCCACCAUGCACGGAAACGCGGCACGAUUUAUAAAUCACUCCUGCGACCCUAACUGUUACUCAAGAGUCAUCAAUGUGGAGGGCCAGAAGCACAUCGUUAUAUUCGCCCUGCGGAAGAUUUACCGUGGAGAGGAGCUCACCUACAACUACAAGUUCCCCAUUGAAGAUGCAAACAACAAGUUGCACUGUAACUGCGGGGCCCGGCGCUGCCGACGCUUCCUGAACUAAAACCGGCAUGUUUACUCAAUGGCAAAUGGGCGGAGACAGGAGGUUUAGGAGGGGAUAUUUUGGUAUGGGUGGCUAUUUAUGAAGGAAGACACUCAUUACAGGUGCUUAAUGGUGUGGAGAUGAAUUAUUCAGAAGGAAACACAAUAUUGAGAUUGUUUGGCAGGGUGUGUGGCCUUUUUAGACCACCAGCACGUCUUGAUCGGUUACCUCGCGCAAGUUAUAUUUCCUACCCCAACAUUUAACAACCCAGUAACGUCCUGCACUGGAUGAGGCCAUUUGCUUUGAUUCAACAAUUAAAAAUUGUGACCGUAAACGAAUACCCUUACCUGUUUCACCUGUCCUUAUACUACUUUGUCCCAGCAUGCCUUUUAAAUCUUGCCACUGGUGGCUGGUAAUGUAGUAGAUCUAUUCUGGAAGGAUCCUUUAGUGUCAGAAUAAAUGUACAGAGGUAUUCAUAGUGGAGGAUACCCUGAAGUUUGAAAGGGUGUGAUUAUUUUUGCUACUGAAUCAAGAGGAGUUCCUGUUAUAGGUCGUCCUCAACAGCACCUUAAUAAUCUUUGCUCUUUUUUUGUGGAAAUGUAAGCACUGUACAUAUUCUCCAGAACAGAUGUACUUUUUAGUCAAACCAUGAACAAUCUUGCCACACAACCUAGUUUCUAACAGGAGCCUGUGUUUCCAGAACAUUGAUGUUUGUAUAUUUCACAGUGUUGGUUUUUUUUUCUUUUUUUUUUUUAAUGAAUGCAAAUGAAUACAUCACUUAUAGCACAUUUUAAAACCAAAUUUACCACCCUUGACUGGCACAUUAAUUUAAGUUAGAGUACCUUUGCUCUGAAUGCAUAUACAGACCGUUUUACUGCAUUCUGGGUCAUGUACACUUUACCAUUCUUCAUAAGACUUCACCCGAAGCCCGAUUUUGGUUUUAAGAACCCACUGUUUUUAUGUGCUUUUAUGUCUUGAGGCCAGUCUUUUGGGGGUCAAUUGUAAUAUUCUACAUAUUAGGAUCACUUGUGUAGUGUUAAAGAUGUGAAGAAUCCCAUUCUGAUCGUCAGUGCACAAGUAUUUAAGGAAUUAUUCAAAACCAUACUCAUGAAUGGUGGCUUUAGCUGGAAACAGCCGAUGUGCUGCUAAUAGCCAUGUGUCGUCUUUUGAUACCCUUCCUCUCGCAGCACGUUUAGACCGACUCUCAUCUCCAUUUGGGUUGACUACCUCAGUACAUCAGUGACAGCUAGUAAGUUACAGUACAAACAGUAGUAUAAAGAAUGCUGGGGAUAAUCCCGCACUAGCUUUGAUUUUAUGCAGUGUGACUGUAGGAGUUGUUUCAUUAGUUUGUUUUUCCAGAGAAUUCCCGGAUCCUUCUUCCCUCAUGCUUUUGUACAGUAUUGAAGUGUGCUUAUUAUUAAAAAUGAAGACUGUGGCUUGAUUCCAUCACUGAACGUGAUCCCACUCAGAGUGAAUCUUUGUAUAAAGUUGUAUACAAGAAUUUCUAAAUCUGUUAAAUUUUUCU